GACAGCCAUUUUGAAGCUCAGGUGUGUGGUUUAUGAACAAUUCAGCCAAUCAGAGAGUUAGAUGUGUUAACCCGGUGGCAUAGUUCAUUUAAACAGGAAGUUAUUUACAUACAAGGCGCGAAAUUCAAGCGUGGUGGAGGGGAAGGCGACUUGUUCGCCGCAAACAUGGCGACGUUGUUUGACGGGAUCAGCCAGCAGCUGGACUUCACUAGCUGUGGAGAGGAGGGAAGCAGCAGUGACAAUAGCUCCGAUGACUACACCUCCAGGAUACGGAGUCCCAGGGUCCAGAGUCCAGGCUCUGCAUGCAGGACGCCCAGGGUGCAACGCCACCGGAGUAGAGGCAGCAUCAUAUCUUCCCCCUUACAGUGCACAAGCCCCAUACCAUAUGCAUCCUGGAGGAAGCUGAGGCUCUGUGACUCUCCCAACACGCCUAAGAGUCUGUUAUCAAAGUCAUCCCAGCCUUGCUCCAGCACUAAGAUAAGUCGUCAUCAGAGGAGCCUGCGUUUCACUUCAGCUGCUGCUAACAGCUGCAUCCAUGCACCUUCUGUCAAUGUGAAUCCUUUCACCCCUGAAACAAUCCGCAGGAACAGCGAGCUGCAGUGGAGGAACAGUUGUAGGAGUGACGAUGAUGAUGAUUAUGGACGCAGGUUAAAACACAGCCUCACGUCAUCUGAGGAGGAUGAUGAAGCCUUUCUCCCACCGAAGUCCUCCUUCCGGGAUUUCUUUAAGGAAUCUCCAGCAAAGAAAACUGUCAUACUCUUCCUCCCUUUCUUUCUGGAAAUACGACCAUAUUUGGCCCUCCGUCUGUUUAUCUGGCAGAGACGAGCUGUCCAAGCCUUCAUGCUGUCACGCUAUGAGAGUGAAUUCCUGGAGCUGGAGUGCAUUGGCGUGGGAGAGUUUGGGGCAGUUUACAAGUGUGUGAAGAGGCUGGAUGGUUGCUUGUAUGCCAUAAAACGCUCUCGCCGACCUCUGGCGGGCUCUGCCAACGAGCAGCUGGCUCUGAAGGAAGUGUACGCACAUGCUGUUCUUGGGCACCACCCACAUGUUGUUCGCUAUUAUUCAGCAUGGGCAGAGGAUGAUCACAUGAUUAUUCAGAAUGAAUACUGUGAUGGUGGAAGUCUCAACGAUGCCAUCAUAAAGAAGGAUGUGCAGGGUGAGCUGUUUUCAGAGGCCGAGUUGAAAGAUCUGCUCUUACAAGUGUCUAUGGGGCUGAAAUAUAUUCACAGCUCAGGCCUUGUGCACCUGGAUGUCAAACCAAGUAAUAUCUUCAUUUGCCAGCGUCCUAGUACAAGUGCUGCAGGUGAAGGGGAGAGUGAGGAGGACGAGGAUGGAAGCAUUUCAGCAGGAAUUAUUUACAAAAUUGGGGAUCUGGGUCAUGUGACAUCAACCAACAGUCCUCAAGUUGAGGAAGGAGACAGCCGCUUUCUGGCCAGUGAGGUCCUGCAUGAGGAUUACAGCAACCUCCCCAAGGCAGACAUCUUUGCUCUGGGCCUUACGGUGCUGCUGGCAGCUGGUGCUCCUCCACUGCCCCCAAAUGGAGAUGAAUGGCAUAGCCUUAGAGAGGGUCAUCUCCCCAAACUUCCAAGGGAGUUAUCACCUCCCUUCAGAGGCUUACUUCAGUUGUUGUUGGAUCCAGACCUGAAGAAGCGUCCAUCUGCCAGGGAGCUUUGCAAGCACACGAUCUUAAGGGAGGAGAGGACUGGGAGGCUGGCUGCUCAGCUACGCAGAGAGCUCAAUGUAGAGAAGUUCAGGACGGCCAUGCUUGAAAAAGAGCUCCAGGAGGCUCGUCAGGCAGCGUUGUCACCCAAGCAGAACCCAUCUGCUGGGCUGAAAGCUACUGCUAAAAUGGGGUCUUUACCCAGAACAGGAAGAAGGCUUGUGGGUAGGAAGGCUACACGAUCUGUGAGCUUUGGUUGCCCAGGAUAUGGAGUCUGAUGGGAUGUUAUGAGGCCCGCAUGCCUGUCCUUUGCUUGUUUGUUUGACUGGAUGGACAGUCCCAGAAGUCUUUGAAGUGGAUGCAAUGUACUUGAAGGAGUAGGGGCCUGUGUUGGCUGCUACCUGCAGCAGGAAAAUGUUCUUAACCAAUCAUGACUUGUUUUUUUUAACUGUAAAUAAACAAUUUUAAGCAUUUUA